AUGAAUAAUAAGUUCAUUAGUAGUUUAGUACUCUCCCACUUCACUCGCCAUGUUCAACAUUUCAAAGCAAGACUUCGUGACGCAAAACUUCGUUACCUUCGCCGCCAGCCAUGACCUCCGUGCUCGAAUGCUGGUCCAACCGCGGCGCCAGCGAACGCGCCGACGACGAUCUAGUCGACCAAGUCCUCAUGUGCUCCGACGACAGGUCCGAAUCCCUCACCGCCGCCCCGCGUUUCGAUCAGACCUCCUCCGCUAUGCAGAAACGGUUUCAGCGUCUCGGUCGCAACGUCAGCGACGCGAUCGCGUCGCUGAAGAGCUCUCUCAGCCUCGAUUCGGCGCGGGAAAACCAGAACGCAUCCACCGGAGGAGGAGGGAGGAAGCUCGUGUGGGCUAAUGUUGUGAGAAGCCUUGCGAAAAUGUAUCCAGGAAGCCAGUUGCCGGAGAAGCUCGUCUCUAACCUCAGGAAGCAUUACGAUUCCUUGCCUCUCAGUUAUAGUCAAGCUGGUUUUGAUAUGAAAGAGGUCUUUGGGCAUAUAAAACUGAUAGAGCAAGCUUGUGGAGAUGAUGAGAGUCCUGUGUUUGUGAUUCAAGAAGUGUGCGAUGAGGAUUCAGUGUUCAAGCUCACAUUCGCUUCCACUUGUUCGCUUUCUUGGUCAACCGUUUCAGCGUAUUUUGAUAGUGCUUUGAUUUGUUGUAAGAAUGUUCAGAUCUUUGAGAAGAAAGGUUUGACUUUAGGAGUUGUUCUUCUUUUAGUUGAGUGCGGAGGAGAGAAGUUGUUUAAGAACAAGGUGGAGAAUGCACUUAGAUCUGCGGUGAGGAAGCCUAAGUCAACCUCUGUGAAGCUCCCUUUUGGACUCUGCGGCUGUCAAGAACAGAGAGCGGGUGGAGGAGAGUUCGGGGAUGUUGAUGAAGAGUCUGUUGAUCAAUGCUAUGGACAAGACGGUCCGAAUACUAGGAUCCAGAUUGAAAUGCCGCCACUAAACUCUAAGUUUUCUGUUUUAGUAGAUGAAUGGCAGACAAUCCAAGCAGGUGGAGAUGAUAUUGAGGGAUGGCUACUGAGUUCGGAUAGUGUCGAGUUUGGUGAUAAGUUAGGACCUAAUUCGUUCAAAGGAGUUUACAGAGGGAAGAGGGUGGCUAUUGAGAAACUAAAAGGAUGCGAUAAGGGGAAUUCAUAUGAGUUUGAGAUCCGAAAAGACUUCUUGGAGCUGAUGACUUGUGGACACAAGAGCAUUUUGCAGUUUCAUGGCGUCUGCAUUGAUGAAAAUCAUGGGCUAUGCGUGGUAACAAAGCUGAUGCAAGGUGGAUCACUCCGUGAACUGAUGCUGAAGAAAAAGAAGCUUCAGACAAAAGAGAUAUUUCGAAUUGCUGUUGACAUAGCAGAAGGGAUGAAGUUCAUGAACGAUCAUGGUGUUGCGUUUAGAGACCUUAACACACAGAGGAUACUAUUAGAUAAGCAGGGAAACGCUUGUUUGGGUGAUAUGGGUAUAGUCACCGCGUGCAAGAGUGCCAGCGAGGCCAUGGAGUACGAAACAGAUGGCUAUCGAUGGCUUGCACCCGAGAUCAUUGCGGGAGACCCGGAGAAGACGAGUGAGAGUUGGAUGAGCAAUGCGUAUAGCUUUGGGAUAUUGCUUUGGGAGAUGGUGACAGGAGAGGAAGCGUAUGGAUCUUGCUCGCCAGUACAGGCAGCGGUUGGGAUUGCAGCUUGCGGGUUAAGACCGGAGAUACCAAAGGAAUGCCCUCAAGUCCUCAGAUAUCUUAUGACCAAAUGCUGGAACACUUGUCCCUCCACACGCCCUAGCUUUUCUCAUAUCCACUGCGUCUUGCUCCGUGCCAUAUCACGGUAACUAGACCAAACUCUCUCUUCCAUCUCCACGGUCUCCACGAAUUGGACCGUGGUUUUUUUUUGAAAGUAACAUGUAGCAGCAGAUACUUCAUUAACAGAUUCAUUGUAAGCCUCUUUGCAAGCCCACUUUUGUUUUACAUUCUAAAUGGGCUCAAUGGAUUUGAAUAUAAUAAAAGUAACGAUUGUUUA